AAAAAAAAAAAAAAAAAAAUGGACAAUUCAACGGAACAUGAAAUAAUAGAUAAUGAUACAACCAAGUUAAAAACUAAUAAAAAACGAGUACAUGUGGAUAGUGACGACAAUGACGAGAUAGUUACUAAAAAAUCCCGGACUGAAAAUUAUGAAAAUGAUUCUUCAGAAAAUAAUGAUAAGGAAUCAAUGAAAGACGAAUUAACAGAUAAAUAUGGCACAAAUUCUGAUGAUCAAAAUAAUCCGAAAGAAAAUGAACAUACUUCUAAGAAAAAGGAUGCAGAUGAUAAAGUAGAUGAAAAUGACAAAAACUCGGAAGAUUCUGAUGAUAAUAAAAAAGCCUCAGCAGAAUCAGAAGAAUCGGAUGAUGAUAAUGAUAAAAAAUCAAAUAGUAGAGAUGGUAGUACCAAAAUUAAAAAGACAAAGAAAGAUAGAAAAAAGGUACAAACAAAAAAGAAGAACGUCAAACGAGAUACGGAUUCAGAAGAUAGUUCGAGUGAGGAAGACUGUACUGAAAAAAAAAAGAAAAUCCAAUCUCUUGAUCCCCUGUCAAAAGAUAUUGUUAAAUCUAAAGGAAAUAAAGAAGAAAGUGAUAAAAAUGCGAGUGAUCAUGACGAUAAAAAUUUGUCUGAAGAUGAGAAAAAACUUGACUCUAGCAAAGAUAAUGGCUCUGAAGAAGAAAAAGAAAAUCAUAAUCGUUCAGAUACCAACGACAUUAGUAGUGAUUCAGAAUCAGAAAGUCGUAAACGAAUAAACAAAAAACAGAAUACUAAAUCAAAUUCUUCAAAAACUCCUAAAGUACCUAAAAGUUCUAAAAUUUCUGACAAUGUUGAAAAUAAAAAAAACAAACCUAAGAAGAGUGAUAAUAAAGAUGAAAAAGUUAUGAAUAAAGAAUCUAAUGACUCAGAUAAUUCAAAAAAUUCAUCUGACAGUGAAGAGAAUUUCAGUGACGAUGAAGAUGAAGAAAAGGAUAAAAGCAAAGGAAAAAAGUCGCGAGGUUCCGUUAACUUUGAUAAAAAAGUGAAUUCCUUGAAAAAAUAUAUACGCUUGGCUGGUAUAAGGGUUCAAUGUUAUAAAAGAUUGUGGAAUAAUUGCAAGAGUAAUAAACAACGAAUCGAUAAGUUGAAGGAAUUAUUAGAAAAGAAUGGGGUUUCCGGAAGGCCAUCUAUAGAGAAGUGCAAGGCAGCAAAAAUUGAACGUGAACGUAUUCAAGAAAUUGCUUCCUUAGAUACUAGAAAUAUUAUUUCAGAAGGUCGUGUUAACCGAUCUCGACGAGCUCCUCUAAGAAAACAGAAAUCGCCUACUCCCCCACCAGUUUCUACAACCGAACAUGAAAAAAUACGUAAGAGAAUUAAAUUAAUAGUCGAUAGUGACUAA